AGCUGCGUGUUACUACAAACUGUAGCGAUGUAAAGAAUUCGUUGCCCAUGUGCAUGCACCGCGCUAGUUAACUCAGUAUUAUGUGGUCGGCCUAUUGUAUAGUGAUUGGAUCAAUCAUCAUCCCCGAAGGUGACAUCAGUGAAGAGUCUUCCAUGAGGGUACACCGUUUGGUGAUCUUCAUCAUAAGCGGCAUAAGAAACUACACCCAGAACCCCAGAACGAUGUUGUCCGUAGUGCGCGCGCUGUGACAAGUGCGACUCAACCACGGUCUUACUCAGAAAUUGCUACGUUUCUACACAGAUUGCAAUCCUAGAUAAACCACCGUCCGAUAACGCCUUUACAUUCCACCGGGCAGCGCGAAUGAUAAGAACUCGUACAGGGGAGGUAACUUGGUACAUGGAAGAGGCGAAACGACAAAACUCACCGUUUCACGGUCCAACGCAUUUACCAGCGAAACAUUGAACGUGGCAGAACGGUGAGGUCAGGCUGUGCAAUUCUUCCCGGAAAGGCAAUCGGACUGUACCACUAAUUCGCGUGAUCGUGCCCAGAGUAAAAUAGUGAACCGUGAAUAUUUCCGAUUUAAAGUUCCGGCCGCAGUAGCGUGCACGCACCCUUAAAACCUUUCCAAUGUGUUAUGGAGCCAUCCCAACCUUAGACCAGGAGGCAUACCUUCGCGGAGAAGGCACUGGUAACUUUCAAAUAAACAGGCCACCCUCCCGUACGCUGUCCGCCGUCACACGGUCCGUACUGCCCCAGGUGCGUCUGUUCCGUAUCCAGGUGCCGGACAACACACCGUCCGCAACGGUCACAACAACCACCGGUCCCGUUGCCCGGCCCGAACCCGAACGGACGAACCAACAACCGUCCAAUUAAACCGAUUACCUGACACCCGGGUGGUGGUGCACACACCCGAAAACCUAGUCCCGGGGCGCGCUUAUCACCGGUGACCAUCAGCAAUCCGGGACAAACCGGUAUCUCCCACCGCUCUUAGAACCAAGCAAAAAAAAAAAACAAAAAACGCCCUCAAACACACCAUGACACAGACAAGCAGACAACCCCUACGAAAACAUUACUAACUGGUUCUGGGAUCUUACCCCGGCAGCAUCACCCCAAACUUCCAUCUUACUGUGCGUGUGUCUGUGUGUACUGGGCAGGACGGUGGAUGCCGCUCGCUCGCUUGUCGUAAUUUGGCUAUAAACAAUUAACACAGCCAAACACAGUCUCCCGUCCCAGACAACACACACACACACACACACACACACACACACACACACACACACACAGAGCGUGUGCCAUCUGCCAACCCCCUCAACAGAGGCUCGUUCUCCUCAGAGCCUCUCGCAGCGCCUAUAUAAGAAGCGGGUCCGAUCCAGCUGCGCCAUGUAUUAUUUGAGCCGCCGUGUGCUUAUCAUGUUGACGUGCAGUGUGCUGAUCACGACGAUCGUCUUCUUUACCGCGUACGGCGUGUACGGAGCACCCUCGUCCGCGGAGGACCUUUCGGAUGACAAUGGCGAGUUUCUACACGUGCUGGGUCGACGGCCCGGCUAUGAGCUAAAGCAAGUGCACGUGUUUUUCCGCCACGGACAACGCACCCCGGCCGACACGUAUCCGAACGAUCCGUACGUGAACUACACCUUCGAGCCGUACGACUGGGGACAGCUGACGAAUAAAGGCAAACACUCCGUGUAUGAGCAGAUUGGCAUCUGGCUGCGUGAACGCUACGGACGGUUCGUCGGCGAAACGUAUCGUGCCAAGAACGUCCACGUACAGACGACCGGUGUUCCGCGAACGCAGAUGUCGAUGCAGCUAGUGCUGGCGGGUCUGUUCCCGCCGGACGACACACCGCUCGAGUGGAACCGUCGGCUAAACUGGCAACCAAUUCCGUACUUCAGUGAACCGCUCAGUCAAGAUACGCUUCUACUGGUGCGUGUGUCCUGUCCACGGUACACCGAAACGGUGCAGGAAUCAUUCAAGCUUCCCGAGGUGGUAUCGCUUAUGAACGCCAACAAGCAGCUGUUUGAGAAUCUCACGCGCAUCACCGGCCUGACCAUAGCGAAUCCGGACGACGUACAGUCACUGUUUAGCACGCUCAAAGCUGAGUCCGAGUACGGUCUUAAGCUGCCGGCCUGGACAAAAGCUUACUACCCCGACAAGCUGCUGCCGCUGACGAAGAAAAGCUACGCCCUCAACGUCUACACCGACGAGAUGAAGCGACUGAAGGGGGGUCCCUUCCUGCGCAAAACACUCAACGAAUGGGAGGCGCUGAUCGCGAACCCAGCCGGCUCGCACAAGAAAAUCUUCCUCUACGCCGGACACGAUUCGACCGUCGUUAACAUUCUGUCGGCGUUCAAGGUUUGGAACGAGAGCGUCCUGCCGGAUUACGGAGUGAUGGGCGUGCUGGAACUGUACCGCGACACUACCGGUGGGCAGUACGCGGUGUCCGUCAGCCAGAAGCUGCUCGGCCAGCGGCUCCAGCGUCUGACGAUCCCCGGCUGCACCGAGCUGUGCCCGAUCGAGAAGCUAAAGACGGUGCUGAAAGCCACCAUACCGACCGACUGGAAGAAGGACUGUGUGGCGAAAAAUCCCGACACCGUCGAACCACCCCCAUCGGGACCUUAGGCCGUAAGGACUGUUUUGCGUAGCUAGUGUUAGUGGCUGUACCAUAGUGUAAGGUGUGAUUAAAUUAGUUGUCUCAACGUCGCAA